GCCACUGGGCCCCCCUGCAUGCGGUGCUGCAGGCCAUCUGGGGAGGACGCGGAGCGCCUCUUCGUGGUGGUCUCGCAGAGGAGCAUAUUCACUCCAGACUGCCCUCACGGGCCUUACUGCGGCAGCUGCGUCGCGAAGAUGCAGAGGCUCACGCUGCCCUUGUGCCUGGGGUGCAACGCGCUGGUCCAGAGAUUCGAGGCUGAGCUCGGUGCAGGCCGCCAGGCUGGCAGCCUCUCUCGGGAGCUGGCGGCCCCGUGCGAGCUCAGCGCCCCGUCCCCCGGCGCCGCGGCCGCGCCCCCGGACGUCGCCGCCGACGCCGCCGCUGGGGCGGACAGCGCCGCGAGCGCGCCCGCGCCCGCCGCCGCGGGCGCCGCUGCCGGCCCCGCCGGCGCUGCUGCCGACCCUUCCAGCGCUGACCGGCCAGGCACAGGCGGCCGCGCUGCUGGAAGCACGGUUGCAAGCGCCGCCGGCGCCGCGCUGCCGGAAGUUGGGCAUUUCGACAGGCUCGACUGA